AUGAGUGAGGUUAAAAUUAAGUUUUACUAAACAGAUCACAUCUUAUUUUUAGAAAAAACUAAAGCAGAAUAGGUAGUGAAAGAUGAUGUUUAAUCUUAUUAGAUUAAAACAGAUCCACAUCACAUAGAUAUUUUAGAAAAUAAAAACUAAAUCUUAUGUACUUUCUUGUGUGAUAUUACUGACUUUUAAUAUGAUGAAAGUUCAAAAGUUUUGAAAAUUUUCUAUAAAGAGAAAAAAGAUAGCGAACCCGUCUUGAUGUUAGAAAUGACUUCUAACUCUCGUGAAUCAAUCCGUGAAGUUAUGGAAAAUAUUAAUGAAAGAAAGGUCUUUGUUAAGUAUAAAGGGCCUCUUUCUUAUAAUCCAGCAAAAAUGAAUAGAACAUCUCUAUUAAGUACUGAAUCACCUGAAUAGAAUUAUAGAGGUUUUUUAAAUGCUGCUGGUUUAGCUUUAUUAGCAAAUAACAUAAGGAGUAUCGUUGAUAAUGCUAAGAUGUAUGGAAUUUAGCUACAUCAUAUUUAUGCACAGCCUUUCAACUACAUGUAAACUGAAGCUGUUAUUUUAGCAUUUAUUUUAUUCUUUUCUAUAAUGGCAGCAUUUAUAAUCUAAAAACUCAAUUUUUCUGAUAAAUUAUCACCAUAAGCAACAUUAGUUGCAAACGCUAUAAAUAUUAUGUUUGUAUUGAUAGUUCCUGUGUUAUUCAAACAAUUCUUUGAUCUUCAUUUCCUACCAAGUAUUGUUUUGAUUAUGAUCAGCUGUGUUAUUUGGCUCAAGCUUAUAAGUUAUGCUCAUGUGUUAAGAAAUGUUUACUUCUUAAUUAUGAGAAUUAGAAAGUUUGAAACAGACGAAAACAAAAAAAAGAAAGCAUUAAAUGAAGUUAUUACUGAAUCUGAAGCUUCUUCAGACAAUUUAGAAAUGCUUAAGAAACACGUAAAGAAUCCUGAAGCUUUGCUCAAGUUAAAAGACUUAUUCUAUUUCUUAGCUGCUCCUACCUUAUGCUUUUAGUUAGUUUAUCCUCGUACUCAAAGAAUCAGAAAAGUUUGGCUUGCUAAGAGAUUCGUAGAAUUAAUAUUUACUUUCCUUUUCUAAACAGUUCUAUGGGUAUAGUAUGUUAGUCCCUUGUUAGAAGAAUCUUACGAAUUAUCCAAAUUACCUGAGAAUAAAAGUAUAUUUUUCUUGCUUGAAAGAAUGCUUAAAUUGUCAAUUCCUAAUCUCUAUUUUUGGGUGAGUGGAUUCUUUGGUCUUUUCUAAGUAUUCCUUAACAUCACAGCAGAGCUUCUUAGAUAUGGAGAUAGAUAGUUUUAUUUAGAUUGGUGGAAUUGUAGAGAUUUAGAGUAGUAUUGGAGAAUGUGGAACUUGCCUGUUCAUAACUGGUGCGUUCGUCACUUCUACAACCCUAUGCUUAAAAGAGGUUUCAAUAAGGUAGUUUCCAACCUCUUGGUAUUUACCUUAUCAGCAUUUUUACAUGAAUGGAUAGUAAGUGGUGCCUUAAAUGUAGUUACUUAUCACUCAUUUUUAGCUAUGUGGCUCUAAGCUCCCAUUAUUAUAAUUUAAAGACGUCUUAAUAAGAUGCUUAAAUUAGAAAAUUCCCAAUUAGGAAAUGUUGCUUUUUGGAUAAGCUUCUGCUUUAUUGGAUAACCUGCUGCAUUAUUCCUCUAUUACGAAAUUUACAGAAAUAAAUUUGGUUGA